GCUUUAUCAAUGUCAAUUUAGUCAAAGUUAAAUUUUAAUAGUGACCUGACGUGAUACUGGACAUCGACAGCUCAUGUUACGCCGAGCUGUGAAGAGCUAUUUUCAAUAUUCAUUUACUAACAGUAGAGCUUUCUCCACCAAUGCUCGCUGCAGUAUGCGAUUGGUCCAAUUUAUCGAGAACAAUGUCACAGGUCUAGAACAUGCGAAGGUAGGCGUGGAGCUGAGCGACGGGGCUGGUAUUGUUGACCUUGCGUCCUAUGAUAGUUCCAUCCCCAAAGAUAUGGUUACCUUUCUUGGAGGUGGGGCGGCUAUGCUCGAUAUUGCCAAAAGAGCUGUAGCAUCAGGCCAGCAUGUGGUCAGAAGAGAUAACAUCAAGCUGAAGGCACCAAUAACAAAUCCAGACAAAGUACUAUGCAUUGGAAAUAAUUAUGCAGAUCACUGCGCAGAGCAAGGUAUACCAGUCCCGACAGAACCAGUUAUUUUCAGUAAAUUUUCCAGUACAAUAAUUGGACCUGGAGAAGAUAUACUUUACCCAGAAACAUCUGAUGAAAUUGAUUGGGAAGUGGAGUUAGUUGUUGUUAUUGGUAGAGCUGGAAAGAAUAUACAGGUGUCAGAUGCCAUGAACCAUGUGGUCGGUUUCACUGUGGGGCAUGAUGUGAGUGCCAGGGAUUGGCAGCUAAAAAAGAAUGGAGGUCAAUAUUUGAUUGGUAAAAGCAUGGAUACAUUCUGCCCCAUUGGACCAGCAAUAGUCACUAAAGAUGAAAUUACAGAUCCUCAUAAACUUGGUAUACGCUGCAAAGUCAAUGGUGACACUAUGCAAGAUAGUAAUACCAAUCAGUUGGUGUUUAAAACAGAAGCACUUGUCUCAUUUAUAUCAAGGUUCCUCACAUUGCAGCCUGGUGAUAUCAUUCUGACAGGCACACCACCUGGUGUGGGAGUAUUCCACAAACCAAAUCCAAUAUUCCUUAAGAGAGGUGAUGUUGUAGACUGUGAAAUUGAUGGACUAGGGACACUUUCCAAUAAAGUCAUUUGAACACUGAUUUUGGCCUACAGAUUUUUAUGGAUAAAAUAAUGUGCUUUUACCAACUCAC